AUGAGUUGUUUGGUUGUUUGGACUCAUUUUCCUGCUACUACUAAGGGGAUCAGUACGGGCUCUCGUAAGAUUACGAAGGGAGGGGAGAUUUUCAAUCUGAGUACGGAAGAGCUGGGGGAAGGGAGGGAUUACGAUUUUCUCCAUCUCACGCCACCUAUGACCGCGCCGGAGGUGUUAAACACUGCGACGGGUUUGACCAGUUCUGAGAUGAACAACUUCGUCAACGUCGAUCCACAAACUCUUCGACACGUCAAGUUUAACAACAUCUUCUCCCUUGGCGACUGCUCAUCUCUCCCAACGUCGAAAACUGCUGCGGCAAUUUCUUCUGAAAGUCGGGUGCUAUGUGACAAUCUGACUGAUGUCAUUCGAGGUGGGUCCGGGAAUGUUUCGAAGGAAGUCAGACGCCCAAUUGGCUUUGGUUGUAUCUGA